AUAACAUUUCAUUGAGACGGAAAGACUCGAAAUAAGGGUUCGAAAAUAGAAAUAAGGGUAGCUGUUAACCGCCCUUUGCAUUUGCAACGGCAGUUCAAAAUUCUGUUACGGUUAUCAACAGGCAUCAACCGGCGCCAACGGUACGAGAAGGUUAUUACAUUCACUUCCGAGUUCCAAAUGGAGAGGAUCAGUAUUGUUUCUUCCCCUUCUCAUCUCAUUGUGCGACAAAGAACAGGGUGGUACUACCAACAGGCUGAGCACCAUUGGCUACAAUCAAUUCUCAAUGAGGAAGAAACACUUACAAGUUAACGAGGCUAAGGUGGUGGACUGGUGGUAAUCCAAGAAAGUACCAUUAGAAAAUCAAGUAACAGUACAAGCAUUGAAAACAAGUGGACUAGAGCACUUUUUCGGACUAUUCUAUCCAUUUCCUAAAAUACAACCAUUUCAUUUCUGCUGCCUCUUUUCACUCUCGCCUUCAUACCGCCAAGUUUAACUGUCAUAUCGUGGGGCCCAAUAGGGCCGGAAAAUGGCAGGCCCUUCAAACUUCGGAUCUGCCCUUCUCCCUCAUCCCCAUCCUUUUGAUCACCCUCCUCUUCCAUUGAAUCAAAGCCAUGAAAUUCCAAACACCUUCCCGGAACUGCAAUGGAGUCAGGAACCUGCCGACCCUCCAAAUAAUCCCACUCUCUCACAACCAGGUUGUCCUUUUAACGACGUUCAUCAGUUUCCUGGUCAACCAAAUGCUGCCUUUAAUACCUAUGCGGACCCUCUGCUUGAAGAAUUAUUACUUCAGGAGUGCUUCCCAGACGCCGGAGUUUCAAGAACUUUCCCAGAGGUUAAUGGUCAUGGUGAUCCAGAGUACGCAGAGAAUUCGACAACACCGACUACUGCUAUAUGGCCAGCAAUGACUUUACCGUCUCCGACGUCUAUCUGUAAUGCCUGUUUGGUCCUUCGUGAAAUAAGUCAUACAAAUGGUUUGCAUAUAUGGAAACUUCAAUUGCAUGGAAGUAUUGGAAUGAUCACUCAUGCGGUCAUAGAGAAACUCUCUUCGGACUUUUCUCUACAUCCACAGUACCAAACUUUCGACUUUUGCAAGGAAAGUGCGGAUACGGUGAAGCAAUUUUUGGUUAGGUAUUUUGAGGAUCGUAAACAAGAGGGAUACAUUGUGCUUCAAGACCCAUUAUGGGAGUUCUAUGAUGCUAUGAGUGUUGGAUUGGGAGGAGGGACUGAUUUUUUGGACAUUGACUCCUUUUUUGAACUACCUCCUUCAACUUCAGGUGGUGAUCAAUUGAUGAAUCAACCAGGCAUACCAAACCAAAACAAUGCACCAGAGGAUGGGAACAAACCCCAAAAGAUCCCUCUUUCUACACAGAGGGAAAGAACUGGAAAGUUGAAAUUAAAAGACUUUGCAGGGUACCUUCAUCUUCCCAUAGAAGAAGCAGCAAGGAGAAUGAACAUCUGCCCUACCGUAAUGAAGAAGAUAUGCAGGAGAGAUGGGUUGGUGCGUUGGCCUUACAGAAAGGUGAGAAGCAUCCAAAGGAAAAUAGUGAAGCAAUUUUUGGUUAGGUAUUUUGAGGAUCGUAAACAAGAGGGAUACAUUGUGCUUCAAGACCCAUUAUGGGAGUUCUAUGAUGCUAUGAGUGUUGGAUUGGGAGGAGGGACUGAUUUUUUGGACAUUGACUCCUUUUUUGAACUACCUCCUUCAACUUCAGGUGGUGAUCAAUUGAUGAAUCAACCAGGCAUACCAAACCAAAACAAUGCACCAGAGGAUGGGAACAAACCCCAAAAGAUCCCUCUUUCUACACAGAGGGAAAGAACUGGAAAGUUGAAAUUAAAAGACUUUGCAGGGUACCUUCAUCUUCCCAUAGAAGAAGCAGCAAGGAGAAUGAACAUCUGCCCUACCGUAAUGAAGAAGAUAUGCAGGAGAGAUGGGUUGGUGCGUUGGCCUUACAGAAAGGUGAGAAGCAUCCAAAGGAAAAUAGUGAACAAGUCGAAAAGCUUAUCUGUGAAUGACGCCGAAGUGAGGGAUCGCGCUCAAGUUGAAAUCCUAGAGCUUCAGCAACAACUCGCCAACAUUUCUGAAGCAUUCUUUGGUUGAUUUGUAUAUAUGUGUACAUUUAUUUUUGUAGCAAAAAUCAAUUCUUUGAAAGGGUGUUUAAAUAAAAAUAAAAAUAAAAAUGAUAUUAGGAGUUAUAUUCAUACUUAAGAGAAAUGU